AGAAUGUAUGUUCGAUUCGUUUUAUUUUCAUGAAAGAAUUUUCCAAGUGUAUAAAUUUGUUUUGUUUAAAUUAUCGCGUAUGCGAAUUUAUGAAAGAUAUACGUAUUAGAUAAUUUAAGAUCUAAGAUAUUUGAAUAUACCGCGUCGAGCUUUAAAAUUUUUAUCGAUUGAAGCGCCACAGUUUCGUCCGCUAUCUUCAGAUCAUUAAAAGGCGCGGAGCGAGUCGCGGUUUACGGGUAAGUAACAGCAAGUCGCGAUCAAGAACUAUUGUUAAUAAAACGUUCGUUUCACGGAAUGCACGAAAACUUUUAUUAUACUGAAUAUUAAAUUUUAUGUCAUUCUCUUUUCCGCCUCUGUAUUUUCCAACAAAUCGUCGCGCGUUGCGCAUCGCAUAGUUACUCCUACUUUUCAUGCAUGCGUUGACACGUAUGAAAACAAGCUCUGAUUAAACGCGGUUAAACGCGCGCGUUUGAGAAAAACGCAUUUGAUUGGCGUAAUUUGUAGAGAUGCAUGUUUGUAACGCGCGCUGUCAACGCAUGCAAGAAAAUUGAGAUUGAGGGUCUUGAUUCGGCAUCCUAACCUAACCUUAGCUUGACUCGCGUCGUGUUGCGCGGUAAAUCGGAGUGAAGUUGCCGACUUGAAGUUGUCGUCGUCGAAACUUUUGGUCGUUAAUGGACAUUGUGGAAAGUGUGGAGAUGCAGCGGAGCGACGUGACCUCGAAUCACGACACGUUUAAUUGGGAAAUGCGUAAUUCGUUCUGUAGCCAUUACAUUUCGGUAAUUAACACGUAGAGAGUGUAUGUUUUCGCGUGUGAGGAGCAGCGGCGAAGGAUUCAGAGAGGAAAAGCCGGUCUGGAAGGCAUCCGGGCAAUGAUGGCAAUGGUGGAACGACAUAGCGAUCGGGCAAUCAUGCCCACAGUCCAUGACGGUCUGUCCAAGUUUUUGCUCGUGAGCAAAAUGCCUUCCCUCUACGUCAACGUGAAUGAAUUGAAGAAUAAACCAAAGCAAAGAGAGAGAGAGAGAGAUGCUGUGAGGCUCCACCCAUACAGGCACGUGUACGUUGUAUCAUCCGCUGCGGGCAAUUGUAUCAGAAGUGUUAGCGAUUCUGGAACGAGGUAAGAGGCUCCUCCGCUUGAUGAAGCUGGAGAGAAGUCUAGUUUAUGUUACAUAUCUUAGAUUUCUACGCUAUGUAUUUCACAGUAGUGCAUCCUUUGCUUUAUUUUGUCUUAUCCCAUUUUUACUAUUAGAAUUGCUUAUAUCGUGACCCUUUCUUGAUUAUCGCAAGCUCCCUCUUCUUCCAUCUUGCGAUAUAUAAUAUCUACAAAAGUCCAACUUGCGCCGCG